AUGAAGAACAGGAUCCCAAAAGAAAUGCAGAAGCUUCUAAGUGACAAGAUCAUGAAGCAGCAAGGCAGAGGUACCUCCGCAUCAGUUGUCAGGGGAGAUGGGAAACUGAAUGUUGUGAAAUGGUUUGACAACAAGCCGGUCCUGAUGCUCUCUGCUGUCCACGCUAAGGAGCCAGAGGAUACCUGCCAGCGGUGGUCCAAGAAGGACAAAUGCUACUUAACCAUCAGACGACCAAAUAUUGUACAGGAGUACAAUGCAAAGAUGGGUGGGGUCGACUUAUCAGACAGAAUGAUGAGCUACUACAGGAUGAGCGUGCGAACUAAGAAGUGGACAAUUCGCAUGCUUAUGCACUUUAUGGAUCUUGCUCUGGCCAACAGCUGGCUGCUGUAUCGCAGAGAUCAUCAAGAACAUGGUACCCCAAGAAAGGCUAUCUUGAUGUUCCUCGCGUUCCGCAUGGACGUUGCUCAGGUAUUCCUCAACAAGUGUGAUGUCACACAUGCAGAGGAAGAGAGUGCAUGCUAUCCACAACCUGGCCAAAGAGCCCUGGUCACGCCAAUCCCCCACAUCUCAGCGCGCACAACUUCUGCUGCUCAUCUGCCGGAAGUUGCUGAUCUCAAGAACCCGAUGCGUUGCAGACAACAAGGCUGCGCUGGGAAAUCCCGUGUACGCUGUCUGACAUGCAAUGUGUUCCUUUGCCUGCAAAGUCGGCGCAACUGCUAUGAAGCCUUUCACGGAGGCCAGUAGGACUACUUGAAUACUUGAAUGUUUGUUUGAGUUUACUAUGACAUGUUCAUAAUGAAGUUCAUAAACUUUGCACUUUUCCAUGCAAAAGCUGCACUUUUAUUUGCACUUUUGUGUUU